UCUCAGUUUGUCAAAAAGUUUAAAGAGAGAGAAAGAAACAAGAGAGAGAAAAUGAAUGGGUAGUAGCCUACUGUCUAGCACUUAAGUCAUUUCCAGGACAAUUCUUGGACUAAGCAAAGAGUGUAUUGUGAAAAAGCACUCACUUUUCAUUUCCCGAUUUAUCUUUAGGGUUUACUUUCUCACCCUCUCUUUCUUUUUUCCAAAUAUUCAUUACAGUAUAUACAAAAAAAUCCCAAAUUCAAAUCUUGCUCAUAUUUUUACUGGAUCUUCACUUGCAAUAAUUUAUCUGUGAGUUGUUUUUGACAACCCCUUUUCUUUAUUAGUCUUUUUUUGUUGUGGGUUGGUAAUUGUUUGGUGAACUUUGUUGACAAAAGUGAUUGGAACUUAGUCUUAUAAGGACCAAGAUUGAGUUUUUUUGAAGUUUGUUUAUGUAUAUUGCAUAUAUAAGGGAAAAGAUACAAUCUUUAUGUGUUAAAUUGUUUGAUUCAUUAGUGGAUUACUGGGUUUUUGUUGGUUUUGUGUGUUUUUGGUUGAUUUAAUGAUGACCCAAAUGGAGAAAAGUAUUGAAAAUUUGAUGUCUGCAAGAAAAUGUUUGAGGGCAAAUUUUGAAAAGUCAAAAGCUUUAGGGGUAUCUAUUGAAAAAGCUGGGCCGAGAUUUGAUGAGAUAAUUCAGAGAUUGCCAUCUUUGGAGUUAGCAAUAAGGCCAAUUAGGGCUCAAAAAGAUGCACUUGGUGCUGUUGGGGGCCAUAUUAACCGUGCCGUGGUCCCCGCGACGGCGGUUCUAAAAGUGUUUGAUGCUAUUCAUGGGCUAGAGAAGUCGUUGUCCGAUCCUCAAUCGGACCUCCCGGGGUACCUUGGUGUGCUUAAGAGGCUAGAAGAGGCAUUAAGAUUUUUAGGGGAGAAUUGUGAGAUGGCAAUUCAAUGGUUGGCGGAUAUUGUAGAGUAUCUAGAAGACCAUGCUGUUGCGGAUGAUAGGUUUACUUCGAGUAUGAAAGAAGCAUUGAGUUCUCUAAGGGAAUUGCAUAACGGGGAGGAAAAGGGUCGGCUUGAUGGCGGGCUUCUUGAAGUUGCUUUGGACAGAUUAGAAAGUGAAUUUCGACGGCUUUUGGUUGAAAAUACUAUUCCAUUGCCAAUGUCCGAUCCAGCGUUGCCCGGUGAACAGCCCUGCAUUGCUCCGUCCCCUUUGCCUGUGCCCGUUAUCCAGAAGCUACAAGCUAUAAUCGGAAGAUUAAUUGCUAAUAACAGGCUUGAUAAGUGCAUAUCUAUUUAUGUUGAGGUGAGGAGCUCUAAUGUCCGGGCAAGUUUGCAAGCACUUAAUUUGGAUUAUCUAGAGAUCUCGGUCUCUGAGUUCAAUGAUGUGCAGAGCAUAGAGGGUCAUAUUGCUCAGUGGGGUAAGCAUUUAGAAUUUGCUGUAAAGCAUCUUUUUGAAGCUGAAUAUAAACUUUGCAACGAUGUUUUCGAGAGAAUAGGGUUGGAUGUUUGGAUGAGCUGUUUCGCUAAAAUAGCUGCCCAAGCGGGAAUUCUAGCAUUCCUUCAAUUUGGAAAAACUGUUACAGAGAGUAAGAAAGAUCCUAUCAAGCUCUUAAAGCUGUUGGACAUAUUUGCAUCUCUAAACAAGUUAAGAUUGGAUUUCAAUCGGCUAUUCGGUGGGGCCGCGUGUGUGGAAAUACAAAAUUUGACGAGGGAUUUAAUCAAGAGCGUGAUUGAAGGGGCUAGCGAGAUCUUUUGGGAACUUCUGGUUCAAGUUGAGUUGCAAAGGCAAAUGCCGCCUCCUCCUGAUGGCAGUGUACCGAAACUUAUCGUUUUCAUCACCGACUACUGCAAUAAGCUGCUUGGUGACGAUUAUAAGUCGAUCCUCACGCAAGUUCUGAUUAUUGAAAGAAGUUGGAAGCAGGAAAAAUUUCAAGAGCGCCUUCUCAUAAAUGAGCUAAUGAAUAUAAUGAGAGCUGUUGAUGUGAAUUUAGAGACAUGGUCGAAAACUUAUCAAGACCUUAGUUUAUCGUAUGUGUUCUUGAUGAAUAAUCAUUGGCAUCUAUAUAAGCAUCUGAAAGGAACAAAGCUUGGAGGUUUGCUGGGAGAUUCUUGGUUAAGAGAACACGAAAAGUACAAGGAGUACUAUUCCACGUUUUUCUUGAAAGAGAGCUGGGGAAAGCUUCCUGCUUUAUUAAGCAGGGAAGGUCUUAUUCUGUUUUCUGGUGGGCGUGCCACAGCUCGUGAUCUUGUGAAGAAACGGUUAAAAGCUUUUAAUGAAGCAUUUGAUGAAAUGUAUAAGAAGCAGUCUAAUUGGGUAAUGAUGGACAAAGACCUACGGGAUAAGACAUGCCAGCUAAUCAUUCAGGCAAUUGUGCCUGUUUACCGGAGUUACAUGCAGAACUACGGGCCGUUGGUUGAACAAGAAGGAAGUAGCAAAUACGUGAAAUAUACGGCUCAGUCUUUGGAAAAAAUGCUGAAUGGUUUGUUUCAUCCAAAACCUGUUAAACAUGGUAGUUUCAAAGUCCGGCAUCCUAGUGGAAAAUUCAGCAAUGUUAUUACAGAUCAGAAUCAGACUUCUCCUACUGUUAAAUAGUUGUUAGAUGGCCAUCACUCGCUUUGUGUAUAGUAAAUUUAUGAAGGAUUCAUUUGACUACCAUUUAGCCAGGUCAGAUUUACAAGCAUAAAGAAGCUUUUGGUCGUUCAAUUCAUGAGCACAUCUUCGCAGCGCAAAAGUGGGCCCCCUAAGUUAGAUCGAUGGAGGACCUUUCGAUUGAACCUAUUCAAUAUGUCUCUGCAUACUUACUGAUUAAUUCAGUGACGAAGUAAGAAGAAGCAGUACUGUCCUCCAAUUUGUUGCAGCUGUCUUGUACAAUAUAGGUAAUUUUCAUUUCUAGAGUUUUUACCAAUUCUUAUAUGUAUCUUUAUGAUCUUUACAUAGCAACAUGUUAUUUAUUCCUGUUAGAUGGAAAUGUCAGUUGAAGUAGAGCUUUGAACCGUAGUUGGAACGAUGUUUAUCAAUAAAGAUAAUAUGCUGUCUUCUUUACUAGCAA